AUGAGUAUAUUAUCACUUUUUCAUAUAUCUUCUCCAUUUUUACGAACUAACUGCUUAGAAAAAAAAGAAAUUUUUGAAAAUUUCAUUUGCUCUGUCUGCUUAGAUUUAUGUGAUACCCCAGUAAUAACAUUAUGUAAUCAUAUAUGUUGUUAUAAAUGUAUGUAUUAUUCUCUUCUUCAUAAAAGAAACUGCCCGAUAUGUAAACAGAUAAUUAGAAUUAAUAAUUUAAAAAAAAUUUCAGGAAAAAGAAAAAGGGAAUAUGAAGAAUUAAGAAUAAAAUGCUAUUUAUGUGGAAAUAAAAUGAAAAUAAAAAAUCAUAAAAAACACUUAAAUGAAUGUGAAUAUAGAAAAUGUAAGAAUUAUAUUUUAGGAUGUGAAUAUUAUGAUAAAAAAAAUAAAAUAAAAUUACAUGAAGAGUUAUGUGAACAUAGAUUGAUAAGUUGUUCUAGUUGUUCUAAUUUAUUUUACUUUAAAAAUAGAAUCUUCAUGUUAACAUUAAAAGAAAAAAAUGAACUUAGUAUGCGUAGCUCAUAUACAUACUAUUCCUUUUACUAUAAUCUAUUACUUAAUACUAAUUUUAAUUUCAAAAAUUAUCAAACAAAUAUUAAUAAUGAUUUUCAUUAUAAUAAUUAUAUAACUAGGACAAUAAAUAACUUCAGGAGUUCUCAAUAUUCACUUGAUCAGUUAUAUGCUAGUAAUAAUAAUAAUAAUAAUAGCAGUACUUAUAAUAAUAAUAAUCAAAAUCAAAUUGUUUAUAAUGAUGAUGGAAACAUUUACAGUAAUAAGGAACAUAUCAUCAAUGAUAACAAUAAUGAUCUUGUAUUAAAUAAUAAAAUUGAUAAUACUGAAAAGAAUAUUAAUGUAAUUAAUAAUCAAUUAACAAAUAAUUCUUCAAGAAUAAAUGAAUUAAAAAUGAAUAACAUAGAUAAUAAUUCCAUCACUAAUUUAAAUAAUAAUAAUAAAAAUCACUUAAAUAAUACUGCUAAUAAUAGAAAAUACGAUAAUCACCAAAAAAUAAAUGAAUAUAUUAAAAAUAAAGAAGAUUAUAAUAAUGAAGAAUCGACAAAUUUUGAUUUAUUAAAUAAUAAAUAUGAUGAUACAAGUUCUAGUGAAAAUGAUAAUUCAAGUAACGAAGAAUUUUUAAAUAUAUUACCCCUAAGAAAAAAAUUUAAUUUUAAAGAAAAAAAUAGUAAAGACAUAAUCAUAAUAAUAGAAGAAUUAUUUCAAUUUGAUAAUAUUGACAUGAGUAAUAUUUAUUUAGAAAAUAAAGAGUUAUUUUUAUGCAAUAAAACUUGUUUCAAUAAUACAAUUAAAAAACUUAGGCAAGAAUUAGAAAGAGCUUUAUUAUUAUUAUAUUUUUGCUGUUGUAUAGGUAUGCCUGUUAUGUUUACACUUGGUGGAAUUAGCUAUGUUAUAACGAAAGGAUUAUUCAAAUUCUCUUUUUUAAUAACUAAUACCUUUUUAAAUUUAUCUCACAAACUUAUUUUUAAAAUAUUUAAUAUUUAA